AAUACGGGGAGGUCCUUGUGACAUCACUGUUGGUCUUAUAAACGACUUUUUAGGUGCACCUCCCUCGAAAACAAUUGGAACAGUAGCCUACAACACUAUUACGAUCAACGCAACUGCAGUGAAGAUGCAAAGUUCCACCGCCAAACCACAGUUCGCUGCCUGGCUGGUUGAACAGGUGGAUUCUGGACGGUAUGCAGGUCUUCAUUAUGUGGACAACCGAUCCAAGUUCCGAGUCCCUUGGAAACAUAACUCCAGGAAAGACUGCUCUGAGGAGGACAUUAAAAUAUUUAGGGGCUGGGCUGUGGCCAGUGGCAAGAUCAGUGAGAAUCCCAACGACAAGGCUAAGUGGAAGACCAACUUCCGCUGUGCCCUGAAUAACCUCACCAAGCGCUUCAAGAUGGUGGCGGACAACUCCAAGGAUCCAGAUGACCCGCACAAAGUCUACCAAAUCAUCAACACUGAGUAUAAUUAUGAGACUCAGCCCACAGCGGAAGACUAUGAGAUGGUUCCAGACAUCUACACCUCUCUGACACCCACAGACUACCCCCACGCUUAUUCAGAGAAUGUUGACUUGCUCAACGACAUGAUAACCCUGAACCUCAAUGGUCAACGCCCAGAGGAGCAGCCAUGGGUGGAGCCCUACCCAGAGGUUCCAGUCUGCUACCAGCCCAUCCAGGCCCUGCCUGCUGAGCCCCUACCAGUCCCUCCCAACCCCCCAGCCCUGGCUCCAGAGCAGCAGCCUUACAACCCAGUGAAUCUAGGGGUGCUGCAGCCAUCCAACCAGCCAGCCAUACAUGACCUGGAGAUCAGCAUCCACUACAGGAGGAAGGAGAUGCUGAAGACCCAGGUGUCCUGCUCCCGUCUCCAGCUGCACUACCAGUGUGAGGACCCCACGCUCCAGGCACAGAUGCUCUGCUUCCCAGACACAGCCAGCCUGCUGGACCGAAAACAGGUGGACUAUACCAACCAUAUCCUCCACAGCAUCCAGAAGGGACUACUCCUGCAGGUUAACCGCGAAGGUAUCUAUGGUUACAGACAGGACCAGUGUCGCGUGUUCUCAAGCACCGGUGACCCAAGAGAGGUUCACCCAGACCCCCACACGCUGCCCAAGAACGACAUGGUGCAGCUUCUGAGCUUUGAGAAGUACCUGGCUGACCUGAAAGCCUUCAAAGAGAACCAAGCCAAUUCCCCCGACUACACCAUCCAGAUGUGCUUCGGGGAGAAGUUCCCAGACGGAAAACCCCUGGAGAGGAAACUCGUCGUCGUCAAGGUGGUUCCUCUGAUCUGUCGCUACUUCCACGAGCUGGCCCAGCAGGAAGGUGCAUCUUCUAUCCAGAAUGACAGCGUUAGCCUGCAGAUCUCCUACAACAGUCUGUUUGACUUCAUCAGUUCCACUUUGGGUCUGCCGUAUGUUGCUGAAGGACCACAGUGUGGAGUGGAUUCAUUCUAGGACUGGAUGCAUUCUAGGAAUGGGACCACAAACAAAACUGUCAGAAACCUUUUGCCCCAGAUGCUAGGCGAGUCUGUGCAAUGUUCUUACUAGAUGUUAGUCGCUCCAUAACUAUGUACUGGGCUGGCAUCAAUCCAGUACAAUGACCUACACCACUCUCGAGAGCCCUGUUGUAAAUAAGUUUGUUUCUGUAAAUAUAUGCUGAUCUUUAAUUGAAUGAAUGCUACAUUAAGGUGAUAUAUCUGAGAUGAAAACCUGACAGAUGGUGUCAUUCUUGUCACUCUUCCGCACCUUAAUUUUCAUGUUCUGAUAUGUUGCCAUUUGGUCAAAGUCUGCAUUGAGUGUUUAAGUCUCAUUUAUUGGCAUUUUCUCUUCUACUGAAGACGUUUCCUGUCUCUGUCCCUAUGGGGCACUGUAAAUCUCGUUUUCACUGUGUUUACCAAUUAUUAUAAUUGGUAAACUGAUCCAACACUAGCUAGCACAAUGUUUACUAUCCACAAUAAGUCUCCCUUUAUUUGGAUUGGAAUCUCUUGUCUUUACCACUGACCUGUCCCUGAAAUAAUGUUUAUUUCAGGGACAGGGACAAAAUAUAUUGUUUUUAUUAUUAUAGUUGCUUGUUUUUUCCACAGGUACACUUGCACGUAUAGCGGUUCAUGUUGUUUAAUUGUAACUUGUUUAACUACAUGCUCUUAUGGUUCUUCCCUUUGGCACUUACUUUGGUUGUUCACAAUGUGUGCUUCAUGUUUUGGCUACCCGCAAUGUUUUGUGGCUAUCUUGUUGUUAUGAUCAGUGACCUAUGCACUUUGUAAAGCUCUCUCUUGGAAGUCGCUUUGGAUAAAAGCGUCUGCUAAAUGGAUAAAUGUAAAUGUAAUGUCAUGCAAAUGAUUUGUUUACUGUUGACUUGGGUCUACAAUAAAAUCAAGGCUUGG